GAGUUGGUUUGGUUUGGUUCUUUGGUUGUAACACCAAACACCAUACUUUAAUAAACAAACAAUCACAACUUGCACAUUCUGUCUCUUGAUAAGAUACUAAAUUUAGAUAGCAUAUCAGUAGUAAAAGCAGAGGAACCUAGUAAGUUUAGGCCUAACCGUCAUAUCCUAGUGUUUUAUUUUUUACGGAAAAAUGAAUAAUAUUGCAAUUUUUGGUGGAACAGGAAUGACCGGCUUGUGUGUUGUAAAGGCUGCUUUGGAUAAAGGCCUCAAAAUCAAAGCUCUUCUCAGAGAUCCUGCUAAACUACCCAAAGAGUAUGAAGGAAAAGUUGAAGUGGUGCAAGGUGAUGUCUUAAAUGUUGAAGAUGUGAAAAAGACAUUAGAAGGGCAAGAUGGCGUAAUUGUUGUACUUGGAACACGUAACGAUCUCAGCCCCACAACUGUAAUGUCUGAAGGGUUGAAAAAUGUUAUUGCAGGAAUGAAAUCAUUGAACAUUAAUACGGUUUCAGUGUGUUUAUCAGCAUUCUUAUUCUACGAACCAGAAAAGGUUCCCGCCAUGUUUCAUGAGAUCAACGCAGAUCACCAGAGAAUGUUCAACACACUGAAGGAGUGUGAUCUUCAAUGGAUUGCUGUAAACCCUCCCCACAUAGCUGAUCAACCACCGACUGGCUACAUAACCAAGCAUGGUGCGUCUACAGGUCACAGAGUCAUCUCUAAGUAUGACCUGGGCCAAUUCUUUGUAGACUCCCUUUCUAUGCCAGAACACUACCAGAAGGUGGUGGGGAUUGCUAGCAAUCCCCAGAAAUAGAUCAAAGAAAUCACCCAAACUGGGAACAACCAGCGAUUCCCAGCAAUUUAAACAACAUGAAUAAUCGGCCAAAUUAGAAAUUUAUUAUUAUGAAAUGUGUUAGAAAUAUUAUGUGUAGGCUACCUAAAGUGCCCUAAAAAGUACCUAAAGUAAUUAUGUGAGGAGUUAUUUUACAAAAAUUGGUUUGACAGGAUGCAUUGCACGACAUCCAAGCGUCACAACGUCCAACCAAAAUAUAAAUCUUGAACUGUGACUGUUUCACAACGUCCAAAUCUCAUCAUGUCCAAAAUACAGUAACUGCAAUAAACAUAGUCUUUCUACAAGCUCUGGAUGAAAUUGGUCUUCGUGAAAAUGCGCUUUUUACACUCUUAAAAAAGUAGCAGUUGCACCACCUCCAAAGCCGCUGAAAGUUCCACGACAUCCAAUAGCUCAGCACUGUUCCAAGACGUACUGAGCGCCUGGGCCUGCACACUGUGAAUACUGUUAUACCGACUGCAUACUACCCUAACCUAACCUAGCUCCGUAUGCAGGAGCUCUGGACGUCGUGCGACAGUGUGCAACUGGCAGCGGCUUUGGACGUGGUGCUACUGCUAAGCUUUUAAGAGUAUAAAGUAUGCUAUUGAAUGAUGACUAAUCCCAUGACAUCCAAAGCUUGUAAAAAGACUAUGUUUCUCGCAGUUACUGUACUUUUGGACAUGAUGAGAUUUGGACGUUGUGCAAUAGUCGAAUAGUUUAUACAUUAGAGUCCUGCAAACUCGGUACUCGAUAACCCGGCCUACGUCUACGUCUGGAUAACUCGGCCAUCACCAAUUAGUGAUUUUUACUUUCUCCCCCUA